GACUCAACCCGUCCCUUAUGAUACCCGUCCCGUUCCUAGUCUGGCUUAUGAGACUAGCUGCUUCUCAGUUCAGUCCAAAUUCCAUCUCCCUCUGCCUCUUUCACACAUUCUCACUCGAGCACACCUAGCUAUCCACCCGAGUACAAUUUAGUUCAGACACGCUCACCAGAACACCAACUACCUAGCUAGCUAUCCACCUGAUCAAAGCUGAGCUAGCUCUCCUAGGAACCAACAAUGCGUGGCGUAGACCACCGCACCACCCUGCUGUUCGCCAUCACCACCGGCCUCCUGCUGCUCGCCGCAGCGUCGCCGGCAUUGCCCGACCCGGCGUUGCUCGAGGCAUCGCUGCUCUUCCCGUCCGCGGGUGCCUCGCCGGCGCAGCCCGCGGCCCCGACCACGUCCACCAUCCCGGCCUUCCCGGAGCAGUCCGAGGCCGCCGCUGCCACCUCCGUCUGCCAGCUCACCCCCUCCCCUCCGCUCCUCCCCGCCGUCCUCUCGUCCUGCAACGCCGACGCCGACGUCGGGGGCGCGCUCCCGCCGCGGCUGCGGUGCUGCCCCGCUCUCGCCGCGUGGCUGUACGCCGCGUACGCGCCCACCGCGCUUUCAGGCCGGGGCGGCAGCAUCGGCGCCGGCGUCAUCGGCGGGGACGCGGGGCGUUCGGUGGCCUCGUCGGCGGAGGCCGCUGCCGUGGUGGAUCUGCCUGUGCUGCCGGACGACGCGGAGGAGUGCGCGGGCGCGGCGGACCGCGCGCUGCGGGCGGCGGGGGCGUCGAUCCCACGGCCGCAAGGGGGCAGCAGCAGGCCGGGCAAUGGGACGGCGCCGUGCGACGUGGCGUUCUGCUACUGCGGUGUGCGGUUGCGGCGGCCGGCUUGCCCGGCACCGGCGGGCAGGAUAGCGAGGAGACUGGAGAGGGACUGCGAGCAACCAGGGCUCGCCGCCUGCUCCAGGUGCCUCCGGACGCUCAACAAGCUGGGCGCCAACGCCGGCGGGAAGAACAACGCCACGUCGUCGGCGAAGGCCAAGCAGCAGAGGCAGCGCGACUGCCAGCUCAUGGGGCUGACGUGGCUGCUGCAGCGGAAUGCCAUGCGGUACCGCGAGGCGGCCACGGCGGUGAUCCACGCGCUGAUGGCGGCCGACGAGGCCGGGGCCGGCCACCCCGCCACCUGCUCGCUCCCCGUCGACGACGAACUGCCCGUUGCCGUCGGCUCCUCGCAGAUCAACGGCGCCGCCGCCGCCUCCACCGUUGGCCGUCUCCUGCAACCGGUCCUGGUUGCCACUUCCCUCGUCGUCCUCUUGUCGCGGUGCUUCUGAUGAUGAAACGAAAUUAAUCUGCGUCGCGUGAUUUCUUUGUUAUUUAGUUCAUUGCAGUGUUGGUGUUAGUUCAGGGAAGAUUGAGAAUUAAGAUGUUGCUUCGAAGUUGUGCACUUCAUUGUCACAGGCCCAAUUAGAUUUAUAACACAUCAGG